CGUCCAGCAGAAAAUUGGUUGCCUUAAGAAUUAAACGAGAGAAUGUAUAGAGUUGUUUUGGGGCUAGCUUUAUCACGUUAGUUCGCUCUUUAAUGUUUAUCGAAGACCAUGAAAUACGUCGUCACGUGACGUCACAGCCCUCUCAUGCUGCGGGUAAAUGGAGUGACACGCGCGCUGGAUUUACCGUUAGUGCCACUAUGGGACACGCAGAUGUGUGUGCGCACGUGCACCACACAUGAAGGAAGGAACUUUUGAGUGAUCUCACGCAGGUUGUAGGAUUUUGAAGUUGUGUGAUCAAGCAGCUCUGGUGUCCCACUUCAGGUACAAUGUUGUCCCUGAGGACACUGCUUACUGCAGCGUUGCCUCUGCUGGUACUGAGCUCCGAUCCUGAGCAGUGCAAGCUUGAGUCUUUGGAAACCUCUACUCAUCACAGUUCGUCUGUGAUGGCGUCGUUGCAGUGCUAUAAUGACUUCACCACUCAGAUACGCUGCACCUGGGAGGAAAAGCAACACACACACUUACACAUGCCAAUCAUCGAAGGAAUUCCAUGUGUCCCUGAUGGUCAGCCUAGCGGAGCUUUUAACCAGAGUUGUAUCUGUAAAACAGAUAUAUUUUUCAUGGGCAACUUUACCGUCUUUUUCAACACAUCCUGCCCUUCUAAAGAGAGAACUUUUAACAUAUCUGCACAAGGCAAGCUCCUGCCUCCGACUAAUUUCUCUGAGAAAAAAGAGAAUGGUGGCGGCCGACUGCUUAGCUGGAGUAGCCCGUAUCAUUCAUCAUCCCGUCUCUCAUCAAACCUUACCUACCAGCUUAUGUACAGAAAACAUAAAGAUGGGUGGAUUGUGGUAGAUGAUAUCAAUGCCACACAGUUUGUGAUAGAAAGUCAGACGCUCUUGCUGGGCUAUUCAUACGAAGCCAGGGUGCGAGCGCGGGGUGCCGGAGGCCAGUGGAGUGACUGGAGCGCCAGAGUGGUCUGGGUGACUGAGGAAGACGAUGUCAUUAAUCUGCAGUGUGUAAUUAGGGAAGGAGGGGUGACAUGUAGUUGGCAGGUGAAGAAAUGGCAUGCUAAGUUUCUCUCAUAUCAACUCUGUGGCCACACCAACAGAAUGGAUGUGAAAUGUGUCAUCUGUAACAGUUACUCUGAUGAUCCACACUCUGGUACCUCUUUGGUAGAUUUUACAUGCUCAUUGGAUAGCCCUGAACCUGAACUGUUGACAGUAGACAUCAGGACCUUAAGGAAGAGCAAGGGCUUUCGUUACCCUGAUAACAUUCAGCCACCUAGGCCUUUAAACCUUAAGACACAGUAUAAGGAUGGUGGUUGGAAGCUGAGCUGGGACCGACCCAAUGUUAAUGAGAAACUCCGCCUCUCCUAUGAGGUGUCACUCGAAAGCAAUGUCACAGAGUAUAAAGUGGAAUUCGAAGUCUCUGAAGCAGAUCUCAGUUGCAAUGUUCCCCCCAAGCUGUCUCCCUCUACAGUCUACAAGGCUAGAGUGAGAGCAGUUCCUGCCAUUGAUUUUUCUGGACUACCCUCUGAAUGGUCUGAGCCCCAAUUCUUCAAAACUGCUCCAGAAUCAUGGCACAGAACUAUAAUUUACAUCUUGAUAACUGCGUUUGUGGCCAUGCUUUUUAUCAUCCUGUAUAAUGCUCUUCCAGCCUGCCACAGGAGAGUUGUACUAUGGAACGUAUCCAUACCCUCUCCCAUAAACAGCAAAGUCCUGGGGGAAAUGAGCAACAAGAAAUUUAUGGUUGGCGAGGCCAAUCCAUACACUGCCACAGAGAGAAGCUCUGUGUUUAUCAUACAGAGCUCAGAUAACCCUAUCAUCUGUAAGGGCAGUAUUUCUGAGUAUCCAAUCCUGGCCUGCAACGAUGACCUUGGUAUGAGUUUUGGCAAGAGCGAAUCAGGAUGGCAAUUAGGCUCGAGCCACUCAUCUUUACUUGCAGAAAGUAGCAGAAUGACUGAUAAAUCAGGCAUAAGUUUUAUCGGACCUUACAUCCUCUGCCGCGAGGACUCUUCGGCACCAACUGAAACUUCGGAUACAUGCUCUUCCCUCUUAACCUUUGAUGAUGAUCCAAGAUACAUUUCAGAGAACCCCAAGGAUCCCUUUCCAAUAAAAGGAGGCUAUGUUUUAUCCCCACCCAAAAAUCCAACUUCAGAAUGCUCAACCGCAAUCAAAAAUCUAGCUAGUGAGAAUAAAGACGCCAGUAAGUCAGAGCUCCCCAACGAUGAUCCCCCAGCAUACACACCAAGUCCAGGUGCAGUGUCCAAUGUCAUUUUUUCUCACCCAUCUGGAUACUGUCUGAUGCCCAACAAGGAGGUUGUUAAAGCAUGGAUGUCUGCUCCACCACCAGAGGGUGACAAAGAGAUAAAGUUGCAUGAGAUUGAUAGAGAUUUACCUGAGCGCAGCUAUGUGACACUUUCUCAGCGUGGACUGUAAUACAUGCUAAUAAGACCACAAAUUCAUAUAUGAGGUAUUUUGCAUAUGCAUUGUGUAUCUUGUUCAUUACUUAUGUAUAUGUUGCCUAUUUAAGGGUUGUGUUUGUAAGCCCACUACUCUUUUAUUGAGCUAAUGUUUAAGCAACAGGAAAAAAAUAAUAUAUGGUGUGAUGGUUUGUGGAAAAAAAUCUUAAAAGCAUUUGCAAUGUAUUUAUAAUGUAUGCUCUCCAGUAUAUGCUGUUUCUGUAUCAUACCAUGUUGUCCAACAGAUGGCAGUGUAAAUAUGCACUGUACCAUUUAUUCCCUUUUUGUCUUUGCAUUAUGUUGCACACUGAGUUAUGUGAUUAUUAAAAGUAUAGAUCCUAAGCUAUAGUUUCUAUACCUGUGACUAUGAA